AGACAAACGACGCUGCGUUGGAGCAGAACUCCGUCGUUUUGGUUUUGCCGUCCACAGAAACGCGUACCAAUAGUAAUUCUACCAUACCAAAGUGAGUCUCAUAACUCGUUUCUGUCAUAGUUUUUGUCUGAACUAAACCGAAAGUAUGGCAACGGUUCCAUCUCCACCGUCAUCCGCAUCGUCAAAAUCGUCAAAGGGAUGGAUAAACAGCAUCUCAGCAAUCGCCUCUCGCGUCUACUUCUUCCUCAUCAUUCUUCAGAUCCCGCUUUUCAGAGUUCCAUGCAGAUCUGGCAUGUGUACCACACCGUUGCAUGUCACAUCUUCCCAGCUGAUUGCAAGUGAAAUCUUUCCUGUUACUGCAGUCAAGGCCCUCCUCUACCCCGGAGCUGUUGCAAAUGGACUUGCAAAAAACAUGACUGUCCCAAGUUGGAAUAACCUAUUGGACGUCUAUAACUUGACUAGUGCAAAGGAAGCCUCUCCAGUUACUGAUCUCCAGCGCUUAGAGGUUCUAGCCGGAAGUUACUUCGCUGUGGCUGGAGCUCUUGUGGGAAUUCUAAAACGAGGGAGGAUGAGCAUGUUCGGGAUGCUUCUAGUUCUCUGGGGCCUCAUCAAAGAAGGGAUUCUCGGAAAGCCCGUGAACACAGACCCUACAAAAGCGGUGUUUGUCUACCCAACCAUGCUCAUUGCUGUAAUCGCUGCUUUCUCGUCUGUAAAGUACAAUAUGAAGAAGGCUGCCGCAAGAAGUGCACCUGCAGCUAGGCCCAUUGCAAAGCCUCUUCAAAGGUCUUCAAAAUCUAAGCUGAAAUGAGUUCAAGUAUGUAAUCCAUCAAAUUUUUGUUCAACCUUUCGGAGUUCGUGAGGAAAUUGUAUGUUUCAGAACUGCAUGUUUUCGUUCCAAUAUUUUUCGUGUUUCUGAAAAAAAAAGAAAAAAUCGUCAGUGUUAAAAAUUGCAGUUGUUUCUCCAAUCUCUCGUAUAAAAAUUACAGUUGAUUCUCAGAUAA